AUGCAGACAAAGAAUUUCGCUGCAUUAGCCCUUGUCGCCUUGGCCCAGUUCUCGGUAGGCGUAUUCGCUAACUCGGGCUACGCAGCAAGUUGCAAAAAUAUACAAAUAUAUCCUCCUGACGGCAAUACCAACUACUGGAAGAUUGCUGCGGAUUGCACAAACAAUGCACAGCAGACUAAUCUGAAUACCAAAAUCAACAUCGACUCAUGUUUUAGCAACUCAAAUGGAUCCCUUGUUGCUCAGCUGAAUGGCUCAUUUGGGUCGUCCUGCACGAAUGUGAUACUCACGGGCACAGUUCUCAGUGCUAGCUGUCGCAAUACAGCGGGCGCCAGUAUCAAUACAUCGAUAGAUACAAAUAAUGUUAUUGGGAAUGCGAAUGGCGCCCUAUACUGUUUCAACCAAGGAGCACUAUAG